GCACUGCGCAGGCGCAGCCGGCGGCGCCGGGCGCGCUCCCGGGGGCGGUGGCGGGGCGCGCGCGGGUUCAGACGUGGCACUCGGCUGAGCGGCGGUUCUGAGCGGCGGCGGGCGGGGGCUGAACGACGCGGCCAGCACAACCCCUGCGUGUUUAUAGCGCCUGUGGGAAGUUCGACGUGGCAAGAUUUUGUGUGGCUGUGUGUGAGGAAGCUGUGGAGGAAGUCGUUUCCUGUGGACGCUGUCACAGUUAAAGGUGUAGCAGAAGUCUAGUUUUUCCCUGUGAAGAGAACAAUUUGAGAUGUUUUCUUCCACCUAUACAUCCUUCAGUUACAGUUUUUCUCUUGCCUGGGAGAGGUGAAUCCUGUUCAGAUAAAUUCAUUGAAUUGUUUGAAUUCACGCAGUGAUAAGGAAAGCAACCAACCAGUUGCAGUCAAACAACAGCAUCGUUUUCCCCUGACCUCCAAAUCCAUUUUUGCUUCCAGAUCGUUAAGGAGGACCCCAUACUUGGAGUAAGAAUAUUGCCAUCAUGAGUCAACAAGGUUAUGUUGCAGCUCCUCCGUAUUCCCAAUCCCAGCCAAGAACGGGAGGCUUUUCUACAAGUUUUGGACCACCUAAUUCUUCACUUCAUUAUGGGCAUUAUAGCGAUCCCAACUCCUCAUACGCAGCGCCUCAACCAGGUAUGUUAAAAUCAACUGUGCCUCUUGGAUCUUCAGCUCCUGUUGGGCCUCCACCACCUGGUACACAUCAGUUGAGCCAGACCAGCUUCCAGAAUGGGCCCAGUGCAGUGGGACAGCCAACGCACAGGUUUCAAGGCCCUCCACCUCCAAAAAAUACAGGACCUUCCUAUCCUCCCUACAGUCAUCAGUCACAGCCAGCCUACCCAAAUACUGCAUCCACUUCAUCUACAACACAACUUGCUAACCAGCUCAACAGCAUGCAGAUAAAUAGCUAUGGUCCUGGCACUACUCAGAGCUCUCUCACAUCUUCCGGGCAUCCAGCAUCUUUUCAGGGUCCACAGCCAACACCUCUGACACAGCAGCAAAUGGCUUUGCCACCUGGAUCACAGGUUUCUCCACCAGCAAAUAAUUUCAGUGGCCUUUGUGCUCAACCUUCGUUGCCUACUAUGGCCAGACAAGACGGGAUCCCUGGAUCUGGCCCCCCGAAUCCUAACUUGCAACAGCUUCCAGGACAGCCUCCAGGGCCUGGAUAUCAUCCGCAGCAAGCAAACUAUGGCCCUCAGAUGGCAGGAUCUCAACCGUCUUAUCCUGGUGCCUUUCCUGGAGGUCCAGCACAGCUCUCCAGUCCACAGCAGAAGAAGCUUGAUCCUGAUUCUAUUCCAAGCCCAAUUCAAGUCAUUGAAAACGACAAAGCUUCUAGGGGAGGGCAGAUCUAUGCUACAAACACAAGAGGACAGGUUCCUCCUCUUGUCACUACAGACUGCGUAAUCCAAGAUCAAGGCCAUGCCAGCCCUCGUUAUAUCCGAUGUACUACCUACUGCUUCCCGUCAUCUUCAGAUAUGGCCAAACAGGCUCACAUCCCACUGGCAGCUGUCAUCCAGCCUUUUGCUCUUGUUCCGCAAAAUGAGACACCUCUUUAUGUUGUAAACCAUGGUGAGACUGGACCAAUCCGAUGUAACAGGUGCAAAGCUUACAUGUGUCCCUUCAUGCAGUUUAUUGAAGGUGGAAGAAGGUAUCAGUGUGGAUUUUGCAAUUGUGUAAACGAUGUCCCGCCGUUCUUCUUUCAACAUCUGGACCACAUUGGCCGACGGGUAGACCAUUAUGAAAGACCUGAGCUAUCUAUGGGAUCAUAUGAAUACGUUGCUACUUUGGAUUAUUGCCGAAAUAACAAGCCUCCAAAUCCACCAGCUUAUAUCUUCAUGAUUGAUGUAUCGUAUCGAAAUAUAAACAGUGGCCUAGUUAAACUCAUAUGUGAGGAACUGAAGACUCUGCUAGAUAAGCUUCCAAGAGAAGAGCAAGAAGAAUCCUCAGCAAUUCGAGUUGGUUUUGUCACUUAUAACAAGGUCCUCCACUUCUUUAAUGUAAAAAGCAACCUAGCUCAGCCUCAGAUGAUGGUGGUCUCGGAUGUCGGAGAAGUUUUUGUUCCUUUGCUGGAUGGUUUCCUUGUUAACUUUCAGGAAUCACGAUCUGUUGUUAACAACUUGUUGGACCAGAUUCCAGAGAUGUUUGCAGACACUAAUGAGAGUGAGACCAUCUUUGCUCCUGUUAUCCAGGCUGGCAUGGAGGCACUAAAGGCUGCAGAAUGUGCUGGAAAAUUGUUUAUCUUCCAUUCUUCAUUGCCAACUGCGGAAGCACCAGGGAAGCUAAGAAACAGAGAUGACAAAAAACUACUCAAUACAGAUAAAGAAAAGACACUUUUCCAGCCUCAAGUAAAUUAUUACGAGACUUUAGCCAGGGAUUGCGUGGCUAAUGGCUGCUGCGUGAAUUUGUUCCUCUUCCCAAAUCAGUACGUGGACGUAGCCUCCCUGGGUCUUGUCACAAUGUACACCGGAGGAACAUUGUACAAGUACAACAAUUUCCAGCUCAAUUCUGAUAGCCCCCAGUUCCUCACCGACCUCAGGAAGGACAUAGAAAAAAAGACCGGCUUUGAUGCAAUAAUGAGGGUUCGGACAAAUACAGGCUUCAGGGCUACUGACUUCUUUGGUGCUAUUUACAUGGACAACACCACAGAUGUAGAAAUGGCAGCGGUUGACUGUGACAAGGCAGUGACGGUAGAGUUCAAACAUGAUGACAAACUGAAUGAAGACAGUGGCGCCUUAAUUCAGUGUGCUGUCCUUUACACAUCAAUAAGUGGACAAAGAAGACUGCGCAUACACAAUAUCGGUUUAAACUGUAGCUCCCAGUUAGCUGACAUCUACAAGACUUGCGAGACUGACGCACUUAUCAACUUCUUUGCUAAGUCAGCUUUUAAAGCUAUUCUAAGCCAACCCCUGAAGACAGUCAGAGAGAUCCUGGUCAGUCAGACGGCUCACAUGCUGGCGUGUUACCGCAAGAACUGUGCCAGCCUGUCAGCAGUAAGCCAGCUCAUCCUUCCAGACGCGAUGAAGGUGCUGCCAGUGUACAUUAACUGCUUGCUCAAGAGCUGCGUUCUCGUUGGCAGACCAGAAAUUCCAACUGACGAGAGAGCUUACCAUCGGCAGCUGGUCAUGGCCAUGGGGGUGGCCGACACCCAGCUCUUCUUCUAUCCCCAGCUUCUGCCAAUUCACAGCCUGGAUCUGAAGAGUGAUGCUGUUCCAGCUGCCGUCCGCUGCUCUGAGGAAUGUCUCUCAGAAGGAGGCACCUUCAUUCUGGCCAACGGUCUGAGCAUGUUCCUGUGGCUGGGGGUCAGCACACCCCCGGAGCUCAUUCAAGGGCUUUUCAACGUGCCAUCCUUUGCACACAUCAGCACAGAAGCUACAUUACUGCCUGACCUGGACAAUCCAUACUCUAAGAAAGUUAAGUCAAUAAUGGAGCACAUCCAGAGCCAAAAGCCCUACACCAUGAAGCUGAUGAUAGUGAAACAGCGGGAACAGCCAGAGAUGCUUUUCCGACAGUUCCUGGUAGAAGACAAGAGUAUUUAUGGAGGAGCUUCUUAUGUGGAUUUCUUAUGCUGCGUUCACAAAGAGAUCUGCCAGCUGCUCAAUUAAGGAAACUUGAGUACAUAAUUUGUCAGUUGCUUUUUGAUUUUGCAAGAGGGACAGUAAUUGGUGCCUGAAGGGUAGCCCACAACCUCACUGUACCCAGGCAUUCUGCUGUGCUUUACUGAACCUUUUCUGUGCUCUUUUUGUACAGCUUCAUUUCACACAACUCUCACUGAAUAUUUAGUUUACUUACUCAGCUGUAGAAUAGGAAGUUCUGUACUCAGGUAGUAAUCUUUCAGGAGUCUCGAUUGUUUCUCUAAAUUGAAUUGUCAGAUUUCAAACUGUCAACGCUUAAAAGCAUAUGAUAUGCAUUUUCAAGUAUCAAAAUGCAAUUUAGAAAACUAAUUAUUCCUUUUGCUAGUCAUAAAGCGUUCUAAGAGCCAGGAAAGAUGCUAAAAAAAUUUACAUAGAAAAGGAAGAAGUUAUAAGACGCUGCUUUUUCUAAGGCAUACAGGUGAAUAGGUUUUAUGGCAAUCCUGUAGUUUGAUUUGAAUACUUCAACGUCCUGCAUGUAAAUUUUCUAAACAAUAAUCCCCUUUUUCCUGGAAAAGACACGUUAUUAACUUCUACAGAAACAGUUCUGGGUAACCUUCUACACCCAUGGUUACUCAGGACACAAAAAUGCCUCGGUUUAUAUAAAACUGGACUUGAGUAAGUUUAACAAUUGACCACAGGACAAAUGGUAAUUGAGCAAUGCUUAUUCUGAGUUGCGUAGUUUAUGUCACACUGUUAUGGUACAAUUUCCCAGUCUUAAGGGCAGCAGUUAUUUUAAAAUGCUAUUUAAUUAAAUUUUCAAAAUUGAACAUGUUUGGCUUUAUGUUAACUGGAAUACUCCCAAUACAACUUAGCUAACCAUCUGCUUCCCUCAAAAUUACAGUGACAGGUCAACCAUAAGACAGUUGACACAUUAACCAAAGGUUAGUUCUGGUGCUAUAAAAAGAAAUCCUUGUGUUUAAUACCAGUCUUAUUACAACGACCUCCUCUCAAGUAACUGAUUUAUUCAUCAGUUAACGCUUUGAAAAAUAAACUUCUGCAAAUAUCAAUAUUUAAGGUAGAAUUUAGAAAGCCAAAAUCCUCAUGUAAGGAUGAGCUGUUUACCUCAGACAUUUCUUCAGGCUGGUUGUAGCUGUAGGACCAAUGCCUCCGCGCAUGAGAUCUGAACUUCUGCAAACUUGAAAAGCUGUUGUUACAAAUACCAGUGUUUCACCGAAAGGCAGACAGACAGACCGACCGACCACCUCAAAAGAAAGAAUCAGACUUGGGCCUCAGUUAAAAAAAGAAGUGCCUUUGACCAUGCUAGUGCCACUAAUUAGUAUUACUGAUUUUCAUGUAUAAGAUAAGCAGGCCAAUGCAUAUUUUUGGUUUGACAGCUUAUCAGAACAGUUGUGUCCUUGUGUAUUGAAUAAGAACUCUUACAACAAAGGAAUGUAUUACAAAAGGAUACUCAGACUGAAUUCAGCUGUCAAAACGAGCACUUUGUAGCUGAAGAUGUUACCUUGUAAAAAGUAUUUGUUGCCUUUCUCCAUCAGUGUACUUUGUAAAAAAAAAAUGACACAAGCAACUCUAAGUGUAAAGACAUAAGCAAUUAUUAAAUAUAAUUAUUACGUGUGUUUGUUC